GGCCCGUCGCUCCGCCAUUACACUUUGGAGUUUUGAGUAAAUUGGUCGUUGACUGCGUACAGUCGUCAAGCGCCGCGCGUUAUCAGUGACAGCUUACAAAGUUGAAGUGCGUCGUAUCGCAGUGUUUCGUUGGAACAAAGAGAAGGCACGUUCAAUCGUAUGUCCAUCCAGAAUCUCAACACAUUCGAUCCAUUCGCCGAUGCUAUUAAAAGCUCGGAGGACGACGUACAAGAUGGUUUAGUCCACGUCCGAAUCCAGCAGCGGAGCGGGCGCAAGACGCUGACUACGGUGCAGGGUCUGUCAUCCGAGUAUGACCUGAAGAAGAUAGUGCGGGCAUGCAAGAAGGAGUUUGCGUGCAACGGGACCGUUGUGGAGCACCCGGAGUACGGCGAAGUGUUACAACUGCAGGGCGAUCAACGAGAGAACAUUUGCCAGUGGCUGACGAAGUCUGGUCUGGUUAAGCCCGACCAACUGAAGGUGCACGGCUUUUAAGCCAAUCUAUAUCAUGAAAAUCAUUAUAGUCUGUCGAUGACGCGCGUGUUAUAAUAAAACCCUUCGAAUAUGUAUUUAGAAAGCAUCGACGUUUACAGAGAGAGGACUGGCAGGCCUUUCAGGCCCUCGCCCCGUGCCUUCGUUACUCCCAUGUGUAAAGUGUACGCCGUCUAAAGUCUUUAGUUGCAAUUUCAAACCGAACGAGGAUACAUACAUAUAAUAAAUAAUACACGUUUUUUUACGACAUUGUAUUUUUUAAAUUUCUGUAAUGAUUGAAUUAAUAAAUAUGUUUUUGUAUA